AUGGAAUUCCUCCUGGGCGGCCUCUCAUCCUGCUGCGCCGUUCUCUUCACCAAUCCGUUCGAUGUGCUCAAGACGCGCCAACAGCUGGAAGGGGAGCUGCUAGCGAAGAACAGCAUCGGUAAGCGAGCCUACCGAGGCCUCUGGCAAUCGAUUGUGUCCGUGGUGCAGUCGGACGGACUACGGGGACUGCAGAAAGGUCUUCCGGCAGCGGCUCUGUAUCAACUGUCGAUGAACAGCGUGCGGCUGGGAACGUACCAAACGGUGGACAACCUGGGCUGGACGCGAAGUGACAACGCACUGUUGACGCCUUUUUUGUCGGUGUUUUGGGGUGGCUUCGCGGGCGUCAUCGGUGCUACGGUUUCCUGUCCGGUUUACGUGGUGAAGACGCAGCUGCAAGCCGUUAGUUCCGGAGCCUAUACGGCUAAGUUUCAGCACAGACACAGCGGCACUGUUGCCGCUUUCGUUAACAUGUAUAAAGAUAGUGGCAUAAAAGGACUGUACCGUGGAUACACGGCAAAUUUGGCACGUGUUUCGAUUGGAUCCUCAACCCAGAUGGCAUCGUUUGUGGCUUGCAAAAAUUUCUUUACGAAAUAUGAAAUGUUCCAGGAGUCUGUGGUUUUGACAGCGUUGGCCGCCAGUACGGUGGCAGGAUUCUUCACCUCGGUACUGAUGUCGCCCUGUGACGUAGUUACAACUCGUAUGACCAAUCAAGGUGAACCCCGAUUGUGCGGUGUCUCGGCCACCGGUAAAGGGGUCCUGUAUGCGAAUAUUGUCGAUUGUUUUGUUAAAAUCUAUCGUGCCGAAGGCAUUCACGGCAUGUAUAAGGGGUUCGUGCCGCUGUACGUACGGGUAGCGCCCCACACGGUGCUGAAUUUGACCUUCUGGGAGUUUUUUAAGAAUCUUUACAAUGAAUAUUCGAGUAGAACUAGUAGCAAAUUGAAGGUUGUAAAAUGUGACAGAUAA